AAUUGUGACAUUAAAAAAGUGGGUCAUAUAAAUUUUCUUUUGUCCUUCUCAUCUCUCUCCCUCCCUCCCUCCACCACAGCAUAACCCACACAUAAGAUUUCUCUAUAUACAAUACAAUGUCAUCAACCGGCAACCUUGACGUUACCGGAAAUUCACCUCAAAAUUACUACUGCUACGAAUGUCAACACACUGUCACCUUACCAACAAAUUCCGAACUCUGUUGCCCUAAUUGCAAUUCCACAUUCUUAGAACAAUCCGAUACCGCCCCGGCCCCACCUCCACAUCAUCCUAUUACCCAUAACAACAACAACAACAAUCCCUUCGAAAAUGACCUUUCUGCCCUCUUCGGUGGUGUCGCUUUUUCGGGCCGAUCACCUAAUGAAUUCGACCCGUUUGCGUUUCUUAAUAACUAUUUAAGAGCUGCUGUUGGUGAUGCAAAUAUUCAAUUAGUCUUUGAAAACAAUAAUGAGUUUGGGUUAGGGUUACCGGGUAAUUUUGGUGAUUAUUUUCUUGGGCCGGGUUUGGAGCAACUGAUCCAACAAUUAGCAGAGAAUGACCCGAACCGGUCCGGCCCACCACCUGCAGCGAAAUCAGUUGUUUUAGGGCUUCCUGAUGUUAAGGUUAGUGAUGAAUUGUUGAAUUCAGAUUCAUCACAAUGUGCUGUUUGUAAAGAUUGUUUUCAAGUGAAUGAAUUGGUGAAACAAAUGCCUUGUAAGCAUAUAUACCAUAAAGAUUGUAUAUUACCUUGGUUAGAAUUGCAUAAUUCGUGCCCGGUUUGUCGGUAUGAGUUGCCAACUGAUGAUACUGAUUAUGAGAAUAUGAAAACAUCACAACAACAGACAAAUGCUAGUAGGAAUAACAACAACGACAUGCAGAGUGUAAUUUCACGAGUGGGGUCCGGAAAUACUAGUAGGAAUAACAACAACGACAUACCCAAUGUAAUCCCACGAGUGGGGUCUGGAAAUACUAGUAGGAAUACUAAUACUAAUAACAAUGCUGGUGCUGGUUGGUUUUCUUUGGGCUUAGAAGGUAUAGGAAAUCAAGAGAAUCGUUUAAUACCGAGAACCGUGGAGAGAAGGGUUAGGAUUUCGUUACCAGGGUUGUUAAGGGGGUUGGGAUCGCAUGCCGAGACAAGCGACAGUCAAGGUGGGGGAAGCAAUAGCAACAAUGAUAGUAGUAGCAGUAACACUCCUGGGGAGUCGAAUCCACGUUCUGGAGGACAAACAAGGAUGGAGGAUCUUGAUUAAAGUAUGUAACAUAGUUCUGAAUUUUUACAAAUCUGCUAUGUUGAUAAUUGUUUAAUUAGGUGUUUUGUAUAAUUCUGUCGGAGAAUUGAAAGUCGCGUAUACUUGAGAUUACAGUGGAAUUUUAAGAAAUGGUUUUGUAGAUUGCUUGAGUUUCCAAUCAUUUGCUUUAUAUAAGGUGCAGAGUUUCUUUUCAUAAU